AUGGCCACAUGGAAUCUGGAAAGCGUCGGGACAAAAGGAUAUGGAGGGGGAGGAAACUACUUCUGUGCACGAGCAGCGAAAGCGUUCUUGAAGAAGCAAGGAGAGAAGGAGGCAGAGAACUAUGACGGUGUCGGAGUCUUCAAAGAUCCUCUCUACGACACAGUCUACGGUCAGUGUACGAGCUCGACCAGGCCAGUCAAAUUGGACAACAAGGAUGCGGUUUCUUCGCUCUUCCAACCCACAGAACUCGAACAAGCGCUAGCUGUAGCAAGGGCUUCUUGCCAGCAGAACAACGGAAGUCAUUCGAGACAUAACGGAAACUGCAACGGUCAUUCGAGGCAUCGCGAUCCAGAGAGGAACAGCCUGGAGAACGUGGAGGUGACUUUCGAGGAGCCCUUCGUGCAACGAGGAGGCAGGAAGGGAGGUUCGAUGCCUCUCGUGUGCUUGGGCAGUGGGGAGCAUGUUGUGUACGUGCUGCAGGUGGGGUACAAUGGAAGAAGGUGGAGCGUCGAGCGUCGAUACCGAGAGUUCGACCUGUUGGAUAAGGAGCUGCAGCGAGUGUGGGGCCGGGAGCCUUCAGUUCGACUCGCCGAGUUCCCUUCUAAGGUCUGGGUUGGCAAGAUGUCACGCGACGUUGCGCAGCAGAGGAAGACAGAGCUUGAGGUCUACAUGAAGUGCUUGUUGGAUCAGCCGAGGAUUGUCAGAGAGAGCGACGAGCUGCGGGCGUUCCUCGAACUGCCUCCUCGCACGGACCUCCGUCCCAUGCCGACAAUUUCUCGCCCUCGAGAUGUUCAGAGAGUUCAGGCAGGAAUGAUGGAGAGCCCACGGAGGACGAGAGCUGACCGCGACUUCGAUGAGGUCUCCUUGUAA